UUCCUUCCUCUGAACGGGACUGAACUGUGGACCUGGCCGUCACCGCCUCCGCCUCCUCGAGCCCCGAGUCUCCCGCCUCCUCCGCCCGGAUCUUCACGUCUUCGCUAGUCUCCUCUCUCUCCCGACCCGGCUCGACCUCUCCGCCCCGCUCCCCGCCGGCUCUCCCUGCAACGCGAGGUCUAUGAAACCGGCAGGGCCCGGAGCAGCCGCCGCAGCGCGAACAUGGACGCCGUCAACGCCUUCAACCAGGAGCUCUUUUCACUCAUGGAUAUGAAGCCUCCCAUUUCCCGGGCUAAGAUGAUUCUCAUUACUAAAGCUGCCAUUAAAGCUAUUAAGCUUUACAAGCAUGUAGUCCAGAUUGUAGAAAAAUUCAUCAAAAAGUGUAAGCCAGAAUAUAAGGUUCCAGGACUAUAUGUAAUUGACUCAAUUGUGCGGCAGUCUCGUCAUCAGUUUGGAACAGACAAGGAUGUUUUUGGGCCAAGAUUCUCUAAAAAUAUAACAGCUACAUUCCAGUAUUUAUAUCUCUGUCCAUCUGAAGAUAAGAGUAAAAUAGUUCGUGUUCUGAACCUUUGGCAAAAAAAUGGAGUGUUCAAAAUUGAAAUUAUUCAGCCUCUUUUGGACAUGGCAGCAGGAGCUACUAGUGCUGCCUCAGUGCCGGAAAAUGUUGCUAAUAAUGAAGGUUCACCUCCACCCCCAAUAAAAGUUUCUUCUGAACCUCCACAAGUCACUACAAAUUCAGUACCAACUAUGCCACAGUUGCCAAGCUCUGAUGCUUUUGCAGCAGUGGCCCAGUUAUUUCAGACAACCCAAGGACAACAGCUUCAGCAAAUUCUUCAAACUUUCCAACAACCUUCAAAACCCCAGUCUCCAGCCAUUGAUAAUUCUGUGAUGGCUCAGGUUCAAGCUAUAACAGCUCAGUUGAAGACUACAACGACACAACCACCUGAACAAAAAGCUUCCUUUCCCCAACCUGAGCAAAAAACUACAUUUGAUAAGAAGUUAUUAGAUAGAUUUGAUUAUGAUGAUGAGCCAGAAGCUGCCGAAGAAUCAAAGAAAGAAGAUUCUUCUGUUUCUCCGUCUCUUCCUCAGCCUCCAUUUGGAUUUCCAGGAGAUGGCAUGCAACAGUCAGCAUAUUCACAGCUUCCAAGUAUAGAUCCUUAUCAGCAGAGAAUGUUGGGAGUACAACAGGAUCCAAUACACCACCAGGUCCCACUUCCUCCUAAUGGACAAAUGCCAGGUUUUGGACUACUUCCUACACCUCCAUUUCCUCCUAUGGCUCAGCCUGUGAUUCCUCCAGCACCACCAGUGCAACAACCUUACCAAACUUCAUUCCAGGCACAAAAUGAACCACACAUGCAGAAAGUACAUCAACAGGAAAUGGAAGUGGAGCAGCCUUGUGUUCAAGAAACUAAGCGGCAUGUCUCUGAAAACAGAAAGUCAAGAUCUAGGUCAGCAUCAAGGUCACCCAAAAGAAGGAGAUCACGGUCUGGUUCUAGAUCUCGAAGGUCCCGUCAUAGACGUUCUCGUUCACGGUCCAGAGAGAGGCGCCGGCAUUCUCCUCGAUCCCGUUCCCAAGAAAGAAGAGAACGAGAGAGAGAACGAGAGCGCAGGCAAAAGGGGCUUCCUCAAAUUAAGCCAGAAACUGCUAGUGUUUGUAGUACUACACUCUGGGUGGGACAGCUAGACAAAAGAACUACUCAGCAGGAUGUUGCCAGUCUGUUAGAAGAGUUUGGCCCAAUUGAAUCAAUUAAUAUGAUACCUCCUAGGGGGUGUGCCUAUAUUGUAAUGGUCCACAGACAAGAUGCUUACCGUGCCCUUCAGAAACUGAGCCGUGGCAACUACAAAGUCAACCAGAAAUCUAUAAAGAUUGCCUGGGCCUUAAAUAAAGGAAUAAAAGCAGAUUAUAAACAAUAUUGGGAUGUGGAACUAGGUGUUACUUAUAUACCAUGGGACAAAGUCAAACCUGAAGACCUCGAAAGUUUUUGUGAAGGUGGAAUGCUGGACAAUGAAACACUUAAUCCUGAUUGGAAAGGAAUUCCUAAGAAAUCAGACAAUGAAGUUGCUCAAAAUGGAGGUGCAGAAACUACACAUGCUGAACCAGUAUCACCAAUACCCAAGGCCUUACCUGUUCCUGUUCCUCCCAUUCCUGUUCCUGCACCAAUAACAGUACCACCUCCACAGGUUCCACCACAUCAGCCAGGCCCUCCUGUAGUUGGUACACUCCAACCACCUACUUUCACACCACCUUUAGGAAUUCCCCCACCUGGUUUUGGUCAUGGAGUUCCUCCCCCUCCUCCUCCACCGUUUUUACGUCCAGGAUUCAACCCGAUGCAUUUACCACCAGGUUUUCUUCCUCCUGGACCCCCACCUCCUAUAACACCACCAGUGUCUAUUCCUCCUCCCCACACUCCACCAAUAACCAUCCCAAAUUCUACUAUCGCUGGUAUAAAUGAAGACACUACAAAAGACUUAUCUAUUGGAAAUCCCAUUCCAACAGUGGUUUCUGGGGCUAGAGGAAAUGCCGAAUCUGGUGACAGUGUGAAAAUGUAUGGGUCUGCUGUUCCACCUGCUGCACCUCCUGUUACUCAGCCUGUUUCGCUUCUUGGCACUCAAGGAGUUGCUCCUGGUCCUGUAAUUGGCUUACAAGCACCAUCUACUGGUCUUCUGGGUGCUCGGCCUGGCUUAAUACCCCUGCAACGCCCUCCUGGAAUGCCUCCACCUCAUUUGCAACGAUUCCCUUUGAUGCCACCUCGCCCUAUGCCGCCUCAUAUGAUGCACAGAGGACCACCUCCAGGCCCAGGAGGCUUUGGAAUGCCACCACCUCAUGGAAUGAAAGGCCCCUUUCCACCCCAUGGCCCUUUUGUUAGGCCUGGUGGAAUGCCAGGACUUGGAGGCCCAGGCCCAGGCCCUGGUGGAGCUGAAGACCGAGAUGGAAGGCAACAGCAACCCCAGCAGCAACCACAACAGCAGCAACAAUUUAGAAAUGAAAAUAGGCAGCAGUUCAAUUCAGGUAGAGACCAAGAAAGAUUUGGGAGGAGGUCUUUUGGAAAUCGGGUAGAAAAUGAUCGGGAACGCUAUGGUAACCGUAUUGAUGACAGAGAUAAUAGUAAUCGUGAAAGGAGAGAAUGGGGGAGAAGAACCCCUGAACGAGACAGGCACAGAGACUUGGAAGAAAGGAGACGAUCCGGUGGACAUCGAGACAGGGAUUCUAGAGAGAGAGAUUCUCGUAGAGAUAAGGAAGAAAAUCGAGGGAAGGAAAAACCUGAGGUGACAGAUAGGUCAGGUGGUGAUAAAACCAUUGAACCUUCUAGUGGCCAAGUGGGAAAUGCAGACACUAUUUCAGAACUUGAUAAAGGGGAGUCAACAGUUAUAAAUCCUACUGAAGAGUUACCAUCAGAGGCUACUUCAUCUGUUGAUGAACCUGAAAAGGAUUCUGCCUCAGGAGUAGAGGCUUCUCGCUAGAGACUGGAAUUUGUCAAAAUGUGACAGUGACAUUUGAGCAUAGAGCUUGAGGUGUACAGACAGAUGCUGUAUUAUAUUUGCUUCUGCUAUAUCACAACCCCUCAGUAGUUGGUGGGGAAUUAUAAGCAAUUUGAUUGCUUCCCUUCUAUUUAAAAUAGCCACAAAAUGACAAAAAUAUGAAUAAAAUAUUACCCUUUUGCUGUAACUUUUUUAAAGUUUUGACUUUAAAAAGUUUACAAAUCGUAAUUAGAAGUGCUUUCUAUUUUUUUUUUUAAUUUAAGAAAAGGUAACAGUGAAAGCUCCUCAAACAAUAGGGAUGUUUUUAAUAAACUCUAUUUUCGUAACAAA